UUGAAAAUUCAAAUUUUGUUAUAAAUGCAUUCCAAGGAUUUGCCUAAAACAGCGUAUGCGCCAGUUGCAAUGGAAAAUACAAAAAUUAUGAAUGACUAAUGCUAGUAAUCUGAUGGAAUAGAGCAUAGAUAAACUUAGUGAAUAGUGCUGAUUUAAUUAAACGUAAGAACUCUGGAGAAAAUCAAUCAGAUAUUAUUUUUUUACUGAUAAUCGCGAACGCUUUUUUUUGUUGACAAAGAUAUCGAGGAGACGCAUGGCGACUUUCAAGAUUGUUGCAGGAAGCGAUCCAAACAGUACAUAGGAAACAUUUCCAACAUAGACUUCUGCAUACUGGCUGACCUCCUCCUGGCAAAAACUGAUCAACUAAUUUUCAACAAUGACGUCUAUACAUAAAGAUACGAGAAACAUUAAUAGUCAUUAACCCGGCGCUGUCUACGUUGGAUCACAGAGGUCCAGAGCAUUUUCAAAUAUGCGCUAUGGACCAUGCAGAAAGGUACACUGACAAUGUUUCUAGCAGAAGUUGUUGGCACCGCAGUCCUAAUUUUUCUAGGAUGUAUGGGCAGCGUUGGAACAUUGGCACUGGAACCACCUAAGCCAUUGCAAACCGCUUUAACUUUUGGUCUAACAGUCAAUCUUAUAAUUAUGAUGCUUGGGCAUGUAAGCGGGGCUCAUUUAAAUCCAGCUGUAACAAUUGGUGCCGUGAUAGUUGGAGUAAAAACAGUACCAACUGGUAUAAUAUAUAUUAUAGGCCAAUUUAUAGGCGCUACAUUAGGCUACGGAACGCUUAAGAUGGUAACGCCUGAUGAGCUUUUGAAUGACGGUUUAAAUUCUACAACAAGUUUCUGCGUUACAGCGGUACAUCCAGGAAUUAGUGUGAUGCAAGGUAUUCUAAUCGAAGUCUUAUGCACUGCAAUUAUUUUAUGUACAGCCUGUGCUACCUGGGACCCAAGAUGCGCUCAUACUACAGACUCGACUGCGCUUAGAUUUGGAUUUUCUGUAGCUGGAAUAUCUUUUGCGGCUGCUCCAUAUACCGGCUGUAGUAUGAAUCCUGCAAGAACGUUUGCUCCAGCAUUUUGGAAUAAUGAGUGGACCAAUCAAUGGAUAUACUGGGUUGGUCCUAUUUUGGGAGCAUUACUUGGUACAUAUACGUAUCAAGUACUAUUCAGGGAACCUGCAAAAUUGGAACAACACUCAAGAUCCGUUUCUGUGACAGAAACGAGAAAUGGCAACAUGUCAUCUCGCAAUCUUGAAGACGUAUUAUAAAAUAAUUGUCUCGUAUAUAUAUGUAUAUAUACCUUAAGUUCUUAUUAGUAUAUAAUACCAUUCAGCUUCUCAACAUUUCUACCAGCGAGGAUGUCUAAAGUCUUGAAAGACAUAAGAUACAACAACAAGUUGUAUAUUUAUUUAACACGCAUGCAUAGUAGUAUUAAAAGCACGGUUACAAACAUUGAAAUUCGAACUGAUUAUACUGCCCAACGAGAUAGCGCAUGAGGAGUCGAUCUUCGUCGGCAGCACGCACCAUGUUUUGGAAUAAAUUGUUAUCGUCUUUCAAGACUUUAGACAUCCUCGCUGGUAGAAAUGUUGAGAAGCUGUUUUCGAUGUCGACGAUUAAUCUCAUUCCGUAUUUUAUUUGGAUCUUCCGAAUACAACUGAUCUUGUAUUCCUUUUGAACCUCAAGUUCUGACAACUCUUUCGUUGGAAGUUAUGCUUCCAAACGACCCACUUUGUUCAUAUUUGGGAUGUCCAUUCCGUUCAAUUAUUAUGGAGUUUCUUCAAAUUUAUUAGCUUCGAUCAACUGUUUCACUUCCCCGAUAUCCCUUAAUAGUAACUGUAAUCGAACUCUGAGCUCGCGUUGUUUCCUCUUAUUCGGCAUCGGCCGAAUUGUCGCAGCAAACUGUUGAAGGUACGUUCUGCUCCUCCUUCUAUAGGAAACUCUUAAGGACUAAAAUGGGGUUGUGGGAGGUUUCGCAAAUUUCUAGGAAUCGAAUCGUCUACAGAAAUUCCUGGAAUCGAUGUCAAGGUCCAUGCAUCUUCCGGAGUAUUCGGACGAACCUUAGCCCUCCUCCGACGACGACGAUGACGAAGUUAAGUCGCGCGCGCUUACGAGUAAUUUGACACCUCGGGGGGAUGAGGAACUGCAUUCUCGACGCACGACUCUGCGAGAUGACGUUCGGUAUUGCGCAUUCGGACAACCGAUACAUAGACUUUUCUGGAAUAACUUUGAACUCGCCGCUGCACGAAUCUGCAUGAGGCUGGGGGAUGGGGAUUUCGCGAAGCUUCUCAGUGGGAUGAGGAGGCUGACGCGCUACCACUGCGAGAUAACGUUCGAGGUCAAGUCGCCUGCAAGUCUUGUGGAAUUGCACUACAUCUUGGAGAUUGCUUCGCUUCGUAUCAUCUAAAAAAUAAAUAUAAAGUACAUAGCAAAACAUAAUUAAAUAAAUACUUUAACACAAAA